CUGUCAAAGCUUGUGUGUUGAGAUGUAGGUGUGUGAAGUACCGUUGCUUCCUGAUCAGUCUCCACUGCUCAGGAUGCUUGCAGUGCCCCGUUGUCAUAGUGACAGAAGGUAGCGAGAAGAGCUUGCUCAUUGCGCCACCUGAUUGUGAGAGUGAGAGAGGGAGCCAGAGCGAGGGUAGGAAUCAGUGACACAGUUGCGCAGGAGCGAUGGAAAGGCAGACUUUUUGCUGCGAUCAGUGUUUUCAUCAGUAGACCAGCUCUCCGGCUGCUGUUUCUCUGGGUUUGGGGGAAUUUGGACACUUUUUCUCUUGUGCACCAACUUGGAUUAUCUGCCUACAUUUCCUGCAUAAAUGGAAGGAUGCUAACAUCUUUUAAUGUGCCAUUGAGAUGGGAAUCCAUGUGUCUAGACUCCCAUUCUUAAUGGAACACAAACACAGUUUGACUCGAUGCCUGGUGCCUCUGAGAGGCUGAGGGACACAGCAGGCCUGGCCAAGGGCCCUCCAUGCCAUGGAAGAAUGCAAGCAUAUUAUGGCACGCCAGAAAUCUAACAGCCAGUCAGACUCGCACGACGAUGAGGUGUCCCCUCCACCCCCUAACCCUGUCGUCAAGGCCCGCCGGCGCAGGGGAGGAGUCAGUGCUGAAGUGUACACUGAGGAGGAUGCUGUCAGCUACGUACGCAAGGUGAUUCCAAAAGACUACAAGACCAUGACUGCCUUGGCUAAGGCCAUUUCCAAGAAUGUGCUGUUCGCUCACCUGGACGACAACGAAAGAAGUGACAUCUUUGAUGCCAUGUUCCCAGUCACCCACAUUGCGGGGGAAACAGUUAUCCAGCAAGGUGACGAGGGAGAUAACUUCUAUGUGAUUGACCAGGGUGAAGUGGAUGUGUAUGUUAAUGGUGAGUUGGUGACCAACAUUGGAGAAGGAGGUAGUUUUGGAGAACUAGCCCUAAUCUAUGGGACUCCAAGAGCUGCAACUGUCAAGGCCAAGACUGAUCUGAAGCUGUGGGGCAUUGACCGGGACAGCUACCGGCGCAUCCUCAUGGGGAGCACUUUAAGAAAGAGAAAGAUGUAUGAGGAGUUCCUCAGCAAAGUCUCCAUUCUUGAGUCUUUGGAUAAGUGGGAGCGGCUGACUGUGGCUGAUGCUCUGGAGCCUGUUCAGUUUGAGGAUGGAGAAAAGAUUGUGGUGCAAGGAGAGCCGGGCGAUGACUUCUUCAUAAUUACAGAGGGAAUAGCCUCCGUUCUGCAGCGCCGCUCUGACAACGAGGAAUAUGUGGAGGUUGGACGCCUUGGACCAUCCGACUACUUUGGUGAGAUCGCCCUGCUGUUGAACCGGCCCCGGGCAGCCACGGUGGUGGCCCGAGGCCCCCUCAAGUGUGUAAAGCUGGACAGGCCCCGCUUUGAGCGCGUGCUGGGGCCCUGCUCUGAGAUCCUCAAGAGAAACAUCCAGAGAUACAACAGCUUCAUCUCCCUCACCGUGUGACAGGUCAAAGCCCCCACCAGCAGGGGUGUUCAUCAUCAGCAUCUGAAUUUCGAAGACGGCGUCAAGCAGGAUGUGAGGUUGCCAUAAGGUGGAUUCAACAUCCCCAACAAGAAAGUGCUUGUUUUCUGCAAUUUUGAAAUGUUUUUUUUUUUUUUUUUAAUUAUUUGCUUGUUUCUUUUCUGUGCACUUUGACUUGAUCUGUGCUGUGGUAGCUUUAUGUCAAACGACCAUGUGAGAAGGCUAAUGAUUUAAUGUGAACAGAUCGUGCAGAGUGUGUCAGAUAUAAAUGACGCAUGCAAGACUGCCUGAGAACAAUGUUUGCACUUUCAAGUCAUUUCUGAAGGAGAUGGAUAAAGUCAGGAAGCAUGGAUGAAGUGCAGUCAUGUUUACGUACAGCGUGAGGAAGUGGCCAUGCAUUUCUUCACUCGCUUGCCGUUUGGCUUUUUCCUACUUCACUUUUGACUGUGGUACGAUUCUAAAUCAAAGCAAGCAGAUUUUUGUUACCAUUUAUUGUAGCUUUAAGAGUUCAAAAAAUGUUGCUAAAACUGUUAGUUUCAUUUGAGGAGUUUCAGGAGGCACACUUUUGUUAACUUUUAUUUUGAAACUUCUCAAAAAAAGGCUUCAGCCAAACACAACUUAAUCCUUCUACUAAUGUAUUAUCUGUGCAUCACAGCAUGUUAUAGGUCAUUUAAAAUAAACAGAUCCAUUCUUGAAAUACUUGUUAGCAUCUUAAUUUUUCACUUUUUUUUUUUCAAAUGCACACUGUAGCAGUAAUAAGUUUUUGUUGUUACGACUCACAACGAAAAAGCUUUCGUCUCACUUUUAGUAAAUGCUUAGCCAUGUUUUUCUUCCUUUUUUGGCUUAAAAAAUGCAAACUUUUAUGUUUAGUUUUGCAGGUUUUUAACUCUUUGUGUGGUGUUCUGUCAAAAAUAAUAAAAAGUAUGGUUUUCUGAAGCAGCUCAGUCUAACCUGAGCUUUUAUAUUCCAAAGGUACUGUAGCGUUUUACAUCCACUUUGCAAACACGGUCUAAAAAAAUAAAAACUCACGUAAAGCGCUCAUUUGUUUACCCGGUCUCAGGACUUGCAAAGCUUCAACAAAAACAAAUCUAACCUGACAAUUUGUUAAAACUGAUUUUCUCUGAUUGAUAUUGUGUCUGCACCACACGCCUGCAGUUCAAAGUCAAUAAUUAUAGACGUUGGAGUGACGUAAUAAAUGUGCGUUGCUUUCUUUUGAUCAACUUCCACAUCUGAACCAGCAACUCAUGUUGUGUAUAUGGAAUUGUUUAAAAAAAUCCUUCUGUAUGCCCUUUCUUGUAAUUUUUUCUUUUGACUAUUAAUAAUCUUGGAAAAUAAAGCUAAGUCUAAAUCUG